ACUUCGAUUCUUAUUCACGUUGUAUUGAAGAUGGCUCGUACGAAGCAAACUGCCCGCAAAUCUACCGGAGGAAAAGCUCCUCGAAAACAACUAGCGACAAAGGCUGCUCGUAAGAGUGCGCCUGCAACUGGGGGCGUGAAGAAGCCUCAUCGUUACAGGCCUGGAACUGUCGCUCUGAGAGAAAUUCGUCGUUACCAAAAAAGUACAGAGUUAUUGAUUCGCAAACUUCCGUUCCAGCGAUUGGUUCGCGAGAUUGCUCAAGACUUUAAGACGGAUCUGCGCUUCCAGAGCUCAGCUGUUAUGGCACUCCAGGAAGCUAGCGAAGCAUAUCUCGUUGGUCUAUUUGAAGAUACUAACUUAUGCGCCAUUCACGCUAAACGCGUAACGAUCAUGCCCAAAGAUAUUCAAUUGGCUCGUCGUAUUCGCGGAGAACGUGCAUAAACAUUAACUGUCUUGACAGCUGAAAAAAAAUCGGUCCUUUUCAGGACCAACAAUUUGUUUAUAUGUGGUAUAAUACUUUUCACAUAGGAACUUUCUACUUUUUCGAAACCAAGAAUUUAACUCCUAA